AACCAUUGCCAUGGGCCUCAUCAACCUCAUACGCACAACUGUCAUAGCACCCACGGGGCUAAAGAUCUGCCGGUGCUAACAGGACCAUAUCGGAUUGUUGAAGACCCCGGCACCUGUGAUAUUGUCAAGGCUACACAGUAUGGAAUAGUAGAGCGAUGCAAAGAACUGGUAGAAGCAGGAUAUGAUGUUCGACAACCAGACAAAGAAAACGUGACUCUUCUUCACUGGGCGGCAAUAAACAACAGACAGGAGCUAGUUAAGUAUUAUAUUUCCAAAGGUGCAAUAGUGGAUCAGCUAGGUGGAGAUUUGAAUUCAACUCCCCUGCACUGGGCCAUUAGACAAGGACACCUACCUAUGGUCAUGUUGUUGUUGAAAUGUGGAGCAGAUCCCAGUCUUAUUGACGGGGAAGGAUUCAGUAGCAUUCAUUUAGCAGUGUUGUUUCAACACAUGCCCAUUGUAGCUUACCUCAUAGCAAAAGGACAGAGCAUAGACACAACAGACUUCAAUGGACAAACACCUUUAAUGUUAUCAGCACAAAAAGCAAUUGGACCACAACCUACGAAGUUUCUCUUAAAGUUUAACCCCUCUCUCAAUGCUGUAGACAAUGUUCAAAAGAAUACUGCACUGCAUUGGGCAAUAACAUCAGGAAAUACUAGUGCAGUGGAUCUGUUGCUGGAAGCUGGUGCUAGCCUGGACAUAAAAAAUGUCAAGGGAGAGAUGCCGCUUGACCUUGCUUAUCAAAGUCUGAAUCGCUUCAUGGUUUAUAUGGUAAAAGAGGAAGAAAGAAUGAGAAGCAGAAGAAAUAACAGGUUACUGAAAAUAGUAGAGAAAUACGAGCUCUUCCUGCUGUUGGCAUCUUCCUUGACAUUGAUGUGGGCCAUAGGAUACGUAAUGAACUUAAGUUCUGAUUCUUGGCUUUUGAAAGGAGGUCUGCUUCUCUUCCUGCUCUUUGGGAUGGCUCUGUUUGUGAGGCAACUUGUGGGGCUCAAGAAUCUAAGGUAUCUUCCCACAGCAUUUCUGCUAAGUUCAGUUUUUUGGAUGUCUGUGACCUGGUUUUUCUGGUUCCUACCUGAUGUGACAGAUACAAUUCUUAAAAUCCCUGUCAUGUUCAGCAUGGUGGGUCUUCUUUAUUAUUUCUAUAAAACUUGGAGAACUGAUCCUGGGUACAUUAAGACUUCAGAAAAAGAAAGAAAAGAGAACAUUGUAGCUCUCGCAGAAGCAGGCUGCUUGGACUUCAGAACAUUUUGCACAUCGUGUCUUGUAAGGAAGCCUUUGAGAUCUGUGCAUUGCCUUGCUUGUGAUUCAUGUGUAGCCAGAUAUGAUCAGCAUUCUCUGUGGAUUGGACAGUGCAUUGGCGUUGGGAACCAUCAUUACUACGUAUUGUUCCUGUCUUUCCUAACUGUGACUAGUGUCUCGCUGCUUUAUGGAACUCUUCUGUAUUGGUCAAACCAUUGUGCAACAAGUUAUCAUCAAGAUGGAGCAUGGACAUACUUCACACAGAUAAUACUUUGUUCUCCAUGGGUUUCCUACAUCUUCGCAGUAACCUGUUUUCAUGCUGUAUGGGCUUUGUUGUGCCUGACUGUUCAGCUUUAUCAGAUUGCAUUCUUAGGAUUGACCUCGCAUGAAAGAGUGAACGUCCUGAUACAGAGAAAAUCUUCUAAGCAUCCUGUUUCACUCAGGAGAACUCCAUACAAUCUUGGAUGCUUUCAGAAUCUUGCAGACUUUUUUCAGUGCAGUUGCUUUGGUAUGUUCAAACCCAAUGUAGUUGACUGGACCAAGCAAUACAACCUUUUUCAUCUGACAAAGGAGAAAAAUGUUCAUUCUGUAUGA